CGCGUCGUCCACCGCAGUCCGUGUGUCGCUCGCCAGUAGCGCAGUCGUGUAUUGUUAGGCGCGAUGCGGGCCUGAGUUCAUACGAAUGCAGUGCACAUAAUAGUGUUUACUAUCGGAUCUUACUAACACCAAAACAGAGUUCACAACUCACCACCAUGGGGGCGCUGUUCCGGAGCGAGGAGAUGGUGCUGUGCCAGCUCUUCGUGCAGCCCGAAGCUGCUUACAUCUCCAUGUACCAGCUGGGGGAAGCAGGCAUCGCGCAGUUCAGAGAUCUGAACCCCCACGUCAACGACUUCCAAAGGCGCUACGUCAGCGAGGUCAGACGAUGCAGCGAGAUGGAGAGGAAGCUCCGGUGGGUCAGCGGAGAGUUGCCAGAACCACCUCCUCCGCCCAAGCCUGGCCCUCGGUCGCUCAGUCCGAGGGAAAUCAAUAUACUUGAGGAAAGAAUAGACUACAUUGAAUCAGAAAUCCAAGAGAUCACCAGAAACGCACAAAACCUGAAGACGGAUUACUUAUCCCUGAUCGAGCUGAAGAUCCUCAUCGAAAAGACGCAGACCUUCUUCCAAGACCACUCAGCCCAGAAGAAGAUUUCCACGUCUGUUGCGAUAUACAACAACGAAGCUCUGGGACACCUGGGGUUCAUAGCUGGUGUGGUCGCGACACCCAGGGUGCCGUCUUUUGAGAGGAUGCUAUGGAGGAUAUCCCACGGGAACAUAUUCUUCAAGCAGUCCCAAAUUGAUCAGCCGUUGAAGGAUCCUGUUACGGGUCACGAGCUCCAAAAGACAGUUUUCGUGGUGUUCUUCCACGGGGAGCAGAUCAAGCUCCGCGUGAAGAAGGUCUGCCACGGGUUCCAGGCCACGCUGUACCCCUGCCCUGCCACCUUCAAGGAACAGCAGGAGAUGCUGGCUGGCGUCGACACCAGGAUUAAGGACUUGAAGAUGGUUCUAGAACAAACGGAGCACCACCGGCGACUGGUCCUGGCUAACAUAGCAAGAGACAUCAGCACCUGGAUGGUGGUAGUGAGGAAGGAGAAAGCCAUCUACCACACUAUGAACAUGUUCAGCAUGGAUAUUGUGAAGAAGUGUCUUAUUGCUGAGUGCUGGGUGCCGAAACGGGACAUGCCUUUGAUGCAGAAGGCGUUGGACGAUGGCGUGAAAGCAAGUGGCAGUCCAAUCCCGUCCAUACUGCACCACGUCCCCACCAGAGAAAUACCACCGACGUUCAACAGGACCAACAAGUUCACUAGGGGCUUCCAGAACCUUAUCGAUUCCUAUGGAAUCGCCAGCUAUAGAGAAGUUAAUCCAGCUUUGUACACAAUUAUAACAUUCCCAUUCUUAUUCGCCGUAAUGUUCGGGGACGUGGGCCACGGGCUCAUCAUGACAAUAUUCGCCGCCCUCCUCGUGAUAUACGAAAAGAGAUUCGCGAAAGUGAAAACAGACAAUGAAAUAUGGAACAUAUUCUUCGGUGGUCGGUACAUUAUACUUCUGAUGGGUAUAUUCUCAAUAUACACUGGCUUGAUAUACAACGAUUUUUUCUCGAAGUCGCUCAAUAUUUUCGGUAGCAGUUGGAAGAAUGUGUACGACGGUGAGACAUUAGAGAACCAUAAAAGCCUUGCUUUGGACCCAGCGGAGUCUUACACGCAGUCUCCGUAUCCUUUUGGAUUGGAUCCUGCAUGGCAGUUUGCAGAAAACAACAUUAUAUUCCUCAACUCCUACAAGAUGAAGCUAUCAAUAAUAUUCGGAGUGAUACACAUGGCGUUCGGGGUGACAUUGAGUGUGGUAAACUUCAACUUCUUCAGGAAGACAGAAAUGAUAUGGCUGCAGUACAUCCCACAGAUACUAUUCUUGUUGCUGCUGUUUUGGUAUUUGUGUAUAUUGAUGUUCAUGAAAUGGACCAUGUACUCUGCGGUGGCGACAGACCCAGCUUACGGCACCUCCUGCGCCCCGUCUGUGCUGAUAAUCUUCAUCAACAUGAUGCUACUAAAGGAGUCUGAGUCAAAGGCACCCUGCCACGCGUACAUGUAUGAUGGCCAGGAUGGUCUCCAGAAGACUUUCUUGGUAUUCGCCCUAUUGUGCGUCCCGGUGAUGCUGUUUGGGAAGCCAGUGUUUAACAUACUGGCGGCUAAGAAACUAAGAAACUAUCGGCAAGGGGUCGAAAGCGGUGACGUCACGCCUGAAGAGGAGCCGCAAGAGGCAGUGGGGGAGAUGAUGAUCACGCAAGCCAUCCACACCAUCGAGUACGUGCUGGGGACAGUAUCGCACACCGCCUCCUACCUGCGGCUGUGGGCUCUAUCGCUGGCGCAUGCUCAGCUAUCAGCAGUGCUAUGGCAGCGGGUGCUAAAAAUGGGCAUGGCGCCUCUGGAUUCCGAAGGCCAAAUGCUUAGCAUUGGCUUCUCGAUACUGCACGGGAUAAAGAUGUUCGUGAUCUGGGGCGUAUGGGCCUUCUUCACGCUGGCCAUACUGGUGCUGAUGGAGGGACUCUCGGCGUUCUUACACACGCUCAGGUUGCAUUGGGUGGAGUUCAUGAGCAAAUUCUACGAGGGUCACGGGUACGCCUUCCUGCCGUUCUCCUUCUCAGCGAUGCUGGAGCAUGACGAAGAUGAGAAACCCUCGGAAACCAACGGAGGCCCGCCGGAGUGACGCGGCCCUCCACGAUAUAUCUCUAGCAAUAAUUAAACCAGUAUCAUCGAGUAAAUUUUCCAAAUUAGUUAAGAUUAAGUUUGGCCAGAAUGACAGAGGAAUAAUGGGGUCAUCUGCAGAAAGAGAUGGUAGCAUUCAGGUAACCUAUAAAAGGUACCUAACUAACGAAUCUUUGCGAGUCUACACUAAAGGGCAAAAUGAAUCUGUAACAGAAGCAAUCUCUUCAAAGGAACGCAAAAUAUGUAAAAAUAUGAUUUGAAAGAUUUCAUUUAUUUUAAAUACAUACACUGAAAUAAAAUGAUCAUGGUUAAAGGUCAACCCUCCACUUGCGGUACUCGCAAAUUGGUAGAUGCAAAAAAUAUUUUAAGACAAACGUAUUUUUCUAUUCAAGAAAUAAAAGUCAAAAUAGGCAAACUGGUAGAGUUGGAAGUAAGUAUACCUAUAAGAUGACCCCUAAGAAACUGUAAGUAAUCGAUAGUGUGCUGUUGAGUUUAGAUUAGAGCAAGUGUUUGUAUUUUGAAAUUAUCGUUAGUACGAGUACAUAUUGUAAUUUUAGCAUUGUGUUCAAUGAGCGACAUGAUAUUAUAGGGUUACAUCUAAUGACGCACGCCUGAUAGAAAAAUACAAGUGAUCAUAUAAAUGAAUAGUUAUAUUUUUGUGCAAUUUUAAUAUGUAAUUUACAAGAAUUUAAUAGUGCCUUUAUCAAAUCAAGUGCUUUUCAUCACAUUAUGUGGGACUCCGAGUAAUCCAUGUAGCAGGUAGCUUUCCCGAAAACCUCAUGCGAAUCAUAUUCUAAAGCCAGAACGCACAGAUGAAAAAGAAAUAGGUAGAUAUAGCUAAACCUAACGAUGCAAAAAUGAAAUAGCCACACCUGGACCCAGCCAGGUAAAACCACUAAUGCUGAGUUCACACGAAUGUACAACACUUCAAAAAAACAGGAGGUUCUUAAUUAUUCAGUUAUUUUUUUCCGUAAACUCGUCAAUGAGAGGCGUAGUUUUAACGUAAAUAUGUAAACAAAACUAUACUCAAAUCAACAUUACGCACAAAACAUGGGCUACUUUUUGUGAUACUUCAUAUUUUGAUGAACUCGUUUUUAAUAUCGAGUCAAAUAUAAAAAUAUUCAUUGAUAAAAAUCGUUUACGAUUUAACAGAUUCUUUGCAUCUGAAAUCAAGCCGAACCACAAGUAAAGAACUUCCUUCAUGUACAGUAUCGUGUGAGCUCAGCUUAAUCUGAAUGAUUUUUUGGCUAGCAAUAUGAUAAAUGGUAUUGAGCAAUUGAACAUGAGUGAAUUGCAUUAAUCUACGUAAUUUUUGUCAAGGAUGUAGUUCGUAAAGGCAUGAUCUUGUGAUAAUAUUCACAUUAAUUAAAGCUAAUUAAAGUCACACACAAUAGACUCGUAAACUGUAAUGUAAGUGAAUUGUUUAAACUAAUAUAAUCGAUAAGUUUAAUAAAAUAUUAAUUAUUUUAAUUUAAUAAGAGUUUUUGUUACAAUAUUUUAUUAUUUCUAUAAUCGUUUAGCCAAAGAAUUGUGUUUAAAGCGAGUUUGUUGAAGUUAUUUUAUGUAAAUAAAAUUUAAUUGGUGCCUUUAUAUUUAUAACAAUAACAAUGUAGUUCAGAUUAAGCUUGUUCCUGGACAAAUCUAAAUUGUGAGGCUGAGUGAUUAAUAAUAAUACUUUUGUAAGGAAUGUUUCUAAUAGGUAACUCAAGUAGUAAAUAAUGAUUUUCACAAGACAAAGAUAAUCCAACAAAACGCUUGUUUUUAUUUUUUGGUACCCAACAAAUGUUUUUUCAUUCUUUCUAAAAGCCUCUAAACAAACUUUUGUUAUAAGAGUGUUUUAGAGGAAAAAUUGUAUUGUAAAUUAGAUGCAACAUAGUUUAAAAGUUUUGAUAUAGUCUCUCUAUGAAAACUUUUGCACUUUCACAUCAUAAUAAUAAAAAUUAUGAAGAAAAUCUUUGCAUUGUGAUUGUCAUUAGAACGUCACUGAGGAUCAAACUGUGUCUUUACUAAGAAUUUCUACCACAUAUCAUAAUAAAAGAAACCAGCCGUAAACCUUAUGGACUUUAUUGACUUUAUGUAGGUACACGAUAUCAAACCGCACAUUACAUAACAAUUUACACCGGAAUACGCAAACAGACAGAAUAAAUUACAACACUAACUUUACAUCAUUCCUCAAUAAACGAGUUUUACCGAUAA